AUGAUUGCCAUUUAUUUUUUGGGAGGUGAGAACCCCCCUUUGACACGGGCAGCGGCUGCAAGCGCUUCUUUACUUUGGAUGCGGUCCACUCGUAGCUUGUUUGCGCCAGCAGGAGCGUUCGCCACACUGGCCGUUGACGAAUCCUUGCCACGGCUGCCGGCAGUACGGGAUUGGCAAUGGGUUGCAGAAGGGGUGCAGCUGAUUUUAAUUCCAGCAAUUUGUGGGUCCCUUUUCCUUUUUGCUUCUCAAUCUGCUGCUGUGUGGUUGCGGACAACAUUUGCUUGGCAAGAGCCGCUCUCUUUACAAGAUACAUGGCUAGUUGGAGAACUUCGCAACGCCUUUCCAUCGCUGCCCAAACGCGAAUUGUCCAAGCUGCUAAAGCAGGCUGAUGAAGUUUUUUACGAGCCAAGAUCGAUUCUGACUGAGCAGGGAUCCUCGAACAAGUAUUUGUGGUUGGUGAUUUCAGGAAAGCUUCUCGUGGAGGUGAGUGGACAAGUUGCUUCAACACUGGAGCGAAAGGCCAUUGUGGGCGAAGUGACAUUCUUGGAUCCUCGAGACAAGCUUGCCACAGCUACAGUUUAUGCCGCAGCGCCCAACGGAGCCAGGACUUUACGUUGGCGGCAAGAGAAACUACGAGCUUUUUGUGAAUAUGAGAACAGCUUGGGGGAGAAAUUGAUGGCGGCAAUCUCUGAAGAGUUGAUUGAGAAAAUGGUGCGCGGCCGUGGUGCUGGUCGUAGGUCCCCUGAAGAGUCAUUGAAACUGUUGAUUCAGCUCCGCAGAGCCUUCCCGCAGCUGGGCACGGCAGAGGUCCCGCGCUUCCUCAAAGUGGCUGAAAAUAUUUGUUACCCACAAGGAAGUUUGCUCACUACUCAGGGAGAGAAGAACGAGUUUCUUUGGUUGCUUUUGUCCGGAUCUCUGUCUGUCAUCGUCGACUCCCAAAUGGUUGCUCAAUUGUCAGAGGGCGCCCUGAUUGGCGAGGCCACAUUCUUAGGCUUUGCUGAGGAAGGUAGAGCCACUGCCACUGUACGUUCAGAUGAUUCAGAGGGCGUCCAGACACUCCGCUGGUCUCAGGAAAGCCUGAGAGAACUUCUCAACGAAGACAUCGCCCUGCGUGAGAAGUUGGUGCCAGCGAUGUCUGAGGAGCUGUUACGUCGUUUGAGUGGAAAAAUGACAGAAGCGCAGAGAUGGAAAGGCAAGUCUGACUGCUUGACACAUGAUUGGUGCAUGGAGAAAUCAAGUGGCAGCGCGUAG